GGACAGUUUGGAAUCUUCGGAUAUCUAACUGCGGAACCUGUGGUCGCACGAUGUUGUUUGAGAAGUCCUACAUUAUUUUCUGUGAAAUUAUCCUAUUCAAUUUUUACACCGCGUGCGCUUCCCUGGAUGAAUUCGCUGGUAAUAGGUUGGGAGAUACAAUGCAUUCUAGAGAUGAGAUGGACCUUCUCCACCUGCAUAUCCUUUUCCGACAUGGCGAUCGCACUCCUAUUUUCGACCCAAUAAAUAGCGAAGCUUCCUACGAAAAAAUGUGGCCCUCUGGGCAUGGACAAUUGACUGAUAAAGGGAUUCUACAGGAAUUCGAACUUGGGAGAUGGCUGCGUUAUAAAUAUGGUUACUUUAUCCCCAACCACUACAAUGCCUCAGACUUUCACAUGAGAAGCACAGACAUUGACAGGACUCUGAUGUCCGCACAAGCUGUGACCGCUGGACUAUACUACAACUCCUCUUCGCCACUCAUUCCAUAUGGAGUCGCUUGGAGGCCUGUACCCGUCCACACUGUCAGUCAAAAAAAUGACGUACUGUUGAGCACUGCCAGCUGUCCGUCCUUGGAUGUGCUACGUGGGCUGCAGAUGUAUUCGGAUGCGGCGAUUGCUUAUGAGAAUGAGCAUCGCAGUUUGUUUGACUUACUCAACAAACAUUUACCAAAUACCAUUGACCGAUUCAACAUCGACGAUGUGCUGGAUACCGCGAUAUGUAUGAGGGCGCACAAUUUUACCAUGCCUGAUUGGUUUACCGAGAAAUUAAUGGAAGAGUUAAUGGAUGUCGUGGCCUUCUAUUGGAACUUGCAGUACGCUAGUACAACUGAGAUAAUCCGCUUGGAGAUUGGCGUUUUUAUCAACGCUGUACUUGAACAUAUUACUGCGAUUACUGACGGGAGAACUGCAUCUGUAAUGGAAGACCAUCAUUUAUCUGCGCAACAUCUUUUGGCCUACUCUGCACACGAUACGGAUGUUACUUUUCUCCUAGCUGCUCUUGGUGCCUUUGACAGGCAGCUUGUAGAGUACUCAGCAACUGUCAUAUUGGAAUUGCUUGUUCCGAAACCACCUGCCCCACGCCACAACUUUCAUUUGGCAUUGUUGUACAAGAGAGGCUACCAAGAUAAUGUUGGUGAAUACCUUGCUUUAGCACCUUGCUCCGAUAAACCGGCUCACGAGGGGUGUCCCUUAGAUCUUGUCUUGAAUUACCUGCAACCGUUUGUGCUAAAAGAGGAGGAAUUUGCUGCGGCCUGCGCUGCGUUCUCUGCUAAAGAUGAACAAACUUGCAAUGUUCCAAGCACUUCGUGCUAAGGAGGACAGUGAGAGAUUGCAUCAUUUGGUGCACAUUGUAUUCGGAAGUAUCACCCUUAUUUUCUUGCUCGGGACAUGCUUUCUCAUCCUUUACUUUCGCUUUUGGUCUCGAUUCCGCCAGUCACCUUUUGAACCGUUAAAAUCUUCCCUUUGAUCCGCUUUCCGCUUGAAUCCUGUACGACCUCCUUAACAAUCAGUGAUUUACCCUUUCUGCUUUUGGUAUACCUGUCCUAUACUCUUUUAUGAUUGUCCUCCUAUCCUGCUCUGUUCUAAAUUUCCAGAUAUUUGUUUUUUUCUUAUUGGUGAGUUGCGGCACCUAUCCAUUCUGUCAGCUAUGAUCAGAAACCGAUAUUGGACCAAACAAGCGAUCGAAUGGAAAUCCCAUUUCACACAUAGUCGGAUUGGAAGGCCACCUUCUCCUCAACUAUUAGUCUCGUUUUCUUCUUACCAUCAAAUUAACCGCAUUUUCACAUCUCAGUCCUUCCGUUGAUUUUUCAUUUCUAUGCCAUGUCUCUGAGUGCGUGUUCCGUGACUUCGUCCGACCAAGUACAUUUUCCUCGAACAAGAUACUGGAUUACCAAGUUGUGAUUGUUCACCAGAACUUAUAUUGACCGUUUUGAUUUUUGAUAUAAUCUAUUACAACGCCACAAUACUUAUAGUAAAGCGUAACUUAGUAGCGCCACCAGAUACGAGAAGUGUCUCAACGGCGUUGGUGCCGGUAACAGAUUCCCACUUUGCAUAUUCAAUGGAGUAGAGCGCACACCUCCAGUUCCCUUAAUGUGUCACCGGCUGUGGUGCGUUUGGUCUACGCCCAAAGAAUCAAGGUAUCCAAUGUCAGAUUGGUUUUAGUGGUGCUCCCAGUAACGCCCUUAGUUGUUUGGUCCAGAAAGGUACAGGAAAUAAUCGACUAAUCAGGUCAGUUCCACAACAAUCAAGAAAACCGAUCGCGGGCCUGUAAUGCGCUGCAUCAUCAACUGUUGCUUUCAAAAUACUCCGUUUUUAAGGGAAGUCUACUUCGUCAACCUAUUCACUGAGAAUUGUGUGGGGUUGGACGCGGUCCCAUGAGAACCAGACCACUCAUCCACUCAUUGAAGUUGUUUCACUUUCCCCUCAGUUAGUUCAUUCACCCCAGAUGGAUUAGUCAAUAAGGCCUCAUUGUCGGCUCGAUGGCUCAUCGACCGCAUUUGGGAGGAAUUUACACUGCCUACUGUUCCAUUCCAGGUUUAAACUUGUUCCGCACUCAAUUUCCUACUGGGGAGUCACUCAUUGCGAUGUUUAUUAAUGCGACAACUAUGUUCCUACUGUGUUAUUAACUGCAGACGAGGUGACCGUGUCAAAACAAAUCACGCCUUCAAUGUCUCUAACAAAACAUUCCUCUGGUCGAUUUUUCUGUCCAAUGCAUCUUUCGUCAAUUGGAAAUGGAUACCAUGUAUUUUAGACCAGUAGUUGUUGUUUUCCAACUUUCUGAGUAUCUGUCCACUAGGACUGGGACGAUGUCGAGUGAGUUGCAGCCAAAUGUUUCCCGAAACCUUAUCUCUGGCACUACAGGUCUAUAGGUAAAUGCACUCAUUCUGGUAAAUAUGCUAGAAUUUGUGAUCAACCAUGUUACUUACGUGGCUAAGCAAUACUCACCAAAGAGGUUUCCC